AUGGCGCCCCGCCGCUCUGAGGCAGAAGAGGAGGAACAAAAUGGCGGAACCGUGAAGCUCCAAUUCGACGAGCCGCUGACAUGGCGCCCUGGGAAACCCAUCCCGAUCGACACGCUCCUCAAAAGGCUCGACCGUCUGACGAAGGAGCUUGCCGAGAUGGAUCAGGAAGAAACGGAUACGAGCUCGCUGACAAAGGUCGCCAAAGAGGUCGCAUCGCAUCAGCUCCUGAACCACAAGGACAAAGGGGUCAGAGCCUAUACGGCCUGCUGCGUCGUCGAUAUCCUUAGGCUGUGUGCCCCCGAUGCGCCCUUUACCCCCUCGCAGCUCAAGGAUGUCUUCAAUCUCACCGUCACCUCUAUCAUACCCUCUCUCUUUGAUCCCUCAAAUCCAUACAAUAACCAGCACAAGUAUGUCCUGCGUUCCCUUGCCGAGAUUAAGAGUAUCGUCCUACUUCUCGACGUGGACGGGAGCGAAAACCUCCUCCUCCAUCUCUUCUCCACUGUCUUUGAUGGCGUCUCCGGGUCAAAGUCAGCUUCGGGGGAGCAGGUCGCCAAGGAUGUCGAGUACAGUAUGCAGGAAUUGUUGGGCGUGAUCAUCGAGGACGCCAACAGUCUGCCGGCAAAGGUUGUGGAUGUGAUGAUGGCUCAGUUUCUUAGAGCGGCUGCUCCAGGAAGUGGAAGGGAGAGGCGGGACCACGUGCCACUCGACGAAACCCAGGCAACCCUACUAGCCAAGGAAGAACCUGAGGCCUAUCAAAUAGUCAAGCACAUGUGCCAGCUAUACCCGGAUAAAAUGGCCCGCUUUGUCAGCCAGUAUUUCAGCGAUGUUAUCGUCGACGCGACGAGUUUUGCCGGGCGGCACGAUCACAGGGAUGAAGAUGGCGAGGAUGACGAAGAUGGCCCGUCCGGCCCGUCCGAAUCGGAUCUUAGAGAACUAAGAAAGGCGCACACGCUUAUCCGAGAGGUCUGGAAGGCUGCUCCCCAGAUCUUGCAGAACGUCGUUCCCCAAGUUGAUGCUGAGCUUUCGGCCGACAAUGUGCACCUUCGGCAGCUUGCAACAGAGACUCUGGGAGACAUGAUAUCGGGCAUUGGCGCAGCAGGGCCACCCCCUCCGCCAGCCCUCGAUCCCGCUGCUUACCCGCCCCUGAGACUAGAGGACGACGACCGGACAGAGGCUCAAGCUGCCAACAUUCUGACCACGCCGCUCUCCGCUAUCUCGUUUCCACAGACUCACCACAUGACCUUUCACAACUUCCUUAGCAGAAAGAACGAUAAGGCUGCCGCAAUUCGUGCUGCCUGGACAACCGCUGUAGGGUACAUCCUCUCGACCUCUGCCGGCGGUAUCGGUCUUGGCCGUGAAGACGAGACGGCUUUGAUUCAGGGGAUAGGCGAGAAGCUUUCUGACAGUGACGAGCGGGUCAGAUUGGCGGCCGUCAAGGCCAUUGAGACCUUCAGCUUUCAGGACAUUAUUUUGAAGCUCGGGCCCAACGGGGGUGUCUCUAAAGAGGGCUCCGUCCUAUCCACCCUGGCCGACCGCUGCCGUGACAAGAAACCAGCAGUGAGAGUGGCCGCCAUGUCACUUCUGGGAAAGCUCUGGGCGGCCGCGACCGGGGAGCUGCUCGCCGGAAACGACGCGGUGACCGCAGCCCUCGGAGGCGUGCCGACUCGCAUUUACAGCGCAUUCUAUGUCAAUGAUCCUGAACUUAAUGUCCUGUUGGAUCGCGUCAUAUAUGAAUGUCUUGUGCCCCUUUCGUAUCCGCCACCCAAGAAGGGGUCGAAGGGCACUGGAUCGAAUGGGAACCCCCAAUCUCAGACCGGCGCGACAGCAGCUUUCGAUCAAGACGCGAUCCGGGCCGAGAGGAUUUUGCUGCUCGUCCGAUCUCUUGACCCCAUGGCAAAGAAGGCCUUCUUCGCCAUGCAAGCAAGACAACCCCAGUUCGCCCACGUCCUCGAGACAUUCAUCAAGCAAUGCGACCUUUACAAUGGAGGUGUAAUGGACGAUGAGGCUGACAAGAAAACGAGCAAUCUCCACAAGACCAUCAAUUAUAUCGCACAAUUUCUCCCCGAUGAAGUCAAGAGCAAGCAGGAUCUCUUUAGGUUCGCCAAGGCCAAUGAUCGUCGCAAUUACAAUCUAGUUAAAUAUGUCAUUGGCCAGGAGCACGACUUCAAGACUGUUCACAAAGCAUUGAAGGAGUUAGUUAAGCGCAUCCAGACGAGCAAGGACCCUUCGAUCCGCGAUACAUUGUUACCCUUACUCUACCGGUCCGGCUCUCUCAUGUUCAACCGAAGCCACCUAUCAGCCAUUAUGGAAUAUUCCAGAUCGGACAAAGACGGCAUGGGGCCGGUCGCCCAUGAGGUCUUGAACGAGAUAUCGCAACGAAAUCCUGAUCUGUUCAAGACGCAUAUUGGACAACUUUGCAAGGAUCUCGUAGAUCAAGCGCCCACUUCCACCAGAGAAAACGAUCCGGUUGUUGCCGAGACUUUGAAAGCCUGCUCAGCUUAUGCUCGCAAAUAUCCCAAGGAUGUUCCUUUGGACAGAGAGUUUGCGCGGACCAUGAUCAACUAUGCACUCUACGGCCAGCCCGCCAAGGCAUCCAAGUAUGCUGUCAACAUUUUGCUCUCUAAAAAGGAUGACAAAAGUAUGGUCAGCGCGACAGAUCUCCUUCAGAGGACCCUGAAAGAUUGGACUUAUGGGACGACUCACUUUCUCAACAAGCUUGCCACCAUGAGCCAACUUGAGCUCCUCGCGCCCAAGGUCACGGAAGAGGCAGAGGAUAAGAUUCUAGACAUGGCUGUUCAACAGGUCCUUCUUGAGGUUCGCCAAGAGGGCACUGACCAAGAUCCGGACUGGGUUGAUGACGCCGAGUUGGAUGAAGAAUGCCAGGCAAAAUGCCUGGCGCUCAAGACUCUGGCGAACAGGCUCAGAAGUACAGAAGACGCCAUCGAGGCGAAGCAAAAAGCCAAGCCAGUCUGGAAGUUGCUGAUGAAGCUGGUCAGCAGCAAGGGCGAACUCUCUAAAACGAAGGUGACACCGAAGCAUCAUCGGUCGCGGUUGCGUCUGCUGGCGGCGCAGCUGCUAUUGAAGCUCUGCACACAAAAGCACUUUGACGAUCUCCUGAGUCCACAAGACUUCAACACCCUCGCACUCACAACCCAAGAUGCGGUCCAGGAGGUGCGUCACGAAUUUGUCAGGAAACUGCAAAAGUACCUCGCCGACGGCAAGCUGCGCUCGCGCUUCUACACCAUCGUCUUUUUGACUGCUUUUGAGCCCAGCACCGAGUUCAAGCAGCGGACAGAGACCUGGAUUCGGUCGCGGGCGAGGUAUUUCCAAGAUCACAAGCAACCAGUCCUUGAGGCCGUCAUGGCACGUCUCCUGUCACUGCUUGCGCAUCACCCCGACUACAGCGCCGAAAUGGACGAACUGGUCGACCAUGCCCGCUAUAUCCUCUUCUACGUUAGCUUGGUAGCGACUGACUCCAAUCUCGGCUUGAUCUAUAAGUACGCUGAGCGGGUCAAGCAGACGCAGGACGGGCUCGACCCGGAGAGUAACAAUCACCAGGUGCUGAGCGACCUGGCUCAAGCUGUCAUUCGAAAAUGGCAGGAGAAGAAGAACUGGGCCUUCACCGCCUACCCGGGCAAGGUCGGAUUGCCCGUUGGGUUGUACUCGGCGUUGAAGUCCCACGAAGAGGCCCAGCAGAUUGCAGAGAAGCAGUUUGUCCCGGACGGAAUCGACGAAAAGCUUGAUGAGCUCUUGCGGGCGAUGGAUCGUAAGAAGAAACGAAAAUCAGUUGCCGACGACCGGACCGACAAUCACCAUCCACCAAGCAAGAGAACCAAGGUUCAAUCGUCCUCCAGCUCCGGGGCUCAACAAGCAAAGGAACCGAAGCUCAAGAGGCCGACUGCGGCGGUAAAGACUAAAAAAGCGCCGGCCAAGCAGCCAAAGAAACCGAGAGCGUCGCCACCCAUGGCGGAGGGUGAUCGUCGGCGCAGCGGCAGGUCACGGAACGCUAAUGCGUCAUACAUUGAACGCGACUCGUCCGAGGACGAUGAGGAGAUGCUUGACGGCGUCGCAGAGUGGGAAUACCUCAGUGAGGGCGAGGACGGGGGGAGGGUAGAGAAGGCGGACGGUGAUGAUGACAACGAUGAGGCGGAGAGCGACAACGAUGAUGAUAAUGCUGACCCGGAGGAGGGUAAGGAAGCGUCCGAGAAUGAAGGCGGAACUAUUGAGGUUGAGGAGGAGGAGAGGGAGGAGGAGAAAGAGGAGGAGAGGGAGGAGGAAAAAGAGGCGGAGAACGAGGACAAGAACGAGGAAGAGAACGUGGAGGAAGAAAAACGUCCCGCUGCACGCAAAAGCAGAAAGGCCAAACCUGCUCCGGCUCCGGCCCCAGCAAAGAAUGGUAACCGUGGUCGUGGUCGUGGCCGUGGCCGUGGUGAUAAGCCCGAGAGCGAGCCGGAGGAUGUUGAGAUGGAUGAUCCGGAAGAAAAGAACGAGGAGGCUGAGAAAGAAGGCGAGGAAGAGGCGGCCGAAGAGAAAGAAGAUGAGACGACCCCCCCGGCACGGUCGACUCGCCGAGGCAAAGCCGCCGCCCCUCCACCCAAAGCGAAGCCUGCCCCGAGCAAAACUAAAGCCGCGCCAAAGGGCAAGGCUGGUGCUGCUGCCGUCUCUGCUCCGGCGAAAAUAGGAGGCAGGGUAACAAGAGGGAGGAAAAAGGCUGGCGGUGAUGAUGACGAGUGA